AUGAUGUUCAGAAUUUCUCUAUGUGUCCUCGUUCUCGGAUUCUCUGGCCAUUCCGAAGCUGCCGACGAUGGGGCCAAGUGCAAUCUCUGUAAGUGCUCACAAAGUUCAUAGCCGAGUUAACAAUGGAGAUUAAGGGCAAGGAAAGUGCCCGCCCGGCUGGAAAUCGUUCAUCCGACCGCCGGGAAUUCGUGUCUGUCUAAAGAUUGUCAGCCAGAAUGCCACGUAUCUGGAGGCUCAGGAGGUGUGUCGACGACAGUACAACUCUCGCGUGCACGGAAUCGGAACGCUGGAGGAGCAUUUGUGGAGCAAGAUGAAGGCUAAAAAGGUGAUCACCGACGAGAAGGGAAGCAUGUGGAUCGGAGCGCGACGCAAAUCGUUCUGCUAUAACACGCCCGCCAAGUUGGCGCUCGAUUCCAAGUGCAAGAAUAAGAACGAAGUAUGUAGUCAAUGUUCUUCUCACAAAGUACAGCAAUCAGAAAUCAUUUAGCUCUUCGAAUGGGACGAUCAGUUGACCGGCCAGAACUAUCUCUUCACCCAAUGGGACCAAACGAUCGGAGCGCCGAACGGAGCGAUGAGCAACGGAGCGCCAGAGGAUUGUGUCGUGAUGAAUGUACACGAGAACAUUGGCUACAUUGACGAUAGGGAGUGAGUGGUCCAAAGUCUAUAAUAUGUAGAUAGAAAUCUAUUUCCCAUUUUCAGCUGUUCAAUUGCACAGGAAGGAUUUCUCUGCGGAAUGACUGCCUAA